UAUUAGACGAGUCAGUGAACGCAGCGGUAGCUCCGGUCUGGCAGUGGGACGAGCCUCGCUAAGAGGUCAUAACAAACAUGGCGUGGAGAGGAUGUGUAAUGAAAUGGACCAAAACAGAGUUCAUGAGAUCCUCCACUCGUACCUCACGAAGCUCUAGACUUAACCCCUGCAACCAACAGAGGUGUGGUUUCCGUCGGGAAGCCAAAAGGCCGGAUACAAAGAAACAAAAUGUCACCCAAGAAACCAACUCUUCACCCUCUGAGGCUGGCACACCAGGUCUCCCGCCUCCUCCCAAAGCCCCCACGCCAACACUUUUCAGACCACUCAUGUUCACAGUAGGGUUUACAGGCUGCUCCUUCGGUGCGGCGGCCAUUAUGCAGUAUGAGACCCUGAAGUCGAGAGUUCAGUCUGCAAAAGAUAAAGAGGAUGCAGAAAAAAUCUUACAGGGUUCCCAGGACAUGGUGUACUGGCAUGACUGGUGGAGGCAGCUGUCUGCCUUCCAGCGACAGCUCAUCAUUGUGAUGUCCAUGGUGGAUGACUUCUGGAGUAGCCUCACAGAAGGACAGAGGACUGUCACUGGUAUCAUUGCAGUAAAUGCCGCAGUCUUGUGUUGCUGGCGGAUCCCUUCAAUGCAAAGACGUAUGAUUAAGUACUUCACAUCCAAUCCAGCCUCCAAAACACGGUGCCUUCCCAUGGUCCUGUCCUCCUUUAGCCAUUACUCCAUUAUCCACAUGAUGGCCAACAUGUAUGUCCUGUGGACAUUUUCUUCAGGAAUAGUCUCUCUCUUAGGGAAGGAGCAGUUUCUUGCAGUCUACCUGUCUGCUGGAGUGAUAUCCAAUAUGGUUAGCUACUUGUGUAAAACAGCCACUGGACGUUUCUAUCCAUCACUAGGAGCGUCAGGUGCCGUCAUGGCAGUGCUGGCUGCAGUCUGUGUAAAAGUGCCAGAGGCCAAACUAGGCAUAAUUUUCCUCCCCAUGGUCACUUUGACAGCAGGAAAUGCUCUGAAAGCACUCAUCGCCAUAGAUACAGCAGGGCUUUUUCUAGGAUGGAGACUGUUUGACCAUGCAGCUCAUCUGGGUGGAGCCCUCUUUGGAAUAUGGUAUGUGGCUUAUGGUCACAAGCUGAUUUGGAGGAAGAGGGAGCCUCUUGUGAAGCUGUGGCACAACAUGCGGUCUCCAGGUGACGGGGGAUCCAGGCCAACAGGUGGGCCUGGCGUCAGUGGUAGUGGUGGUGGACGACCUGGCUCACAAUGAGACUCUCGGACCCUUACUGAAAGAACUGAAGUCCAGAGUUACCUCUGAAUAUGCAAAGACACGUUAAUCCACUAGGAAGGAGUCGGAUGUUACUGUUAAAUAGUUUUUUCAUUCAAGGUUAGUAAUGAGCAGAAACUGUUUUAAUGGUAUGCAUAGACCUGAAAUUUGAAAAACAGGUCGGACCUCACACCCGGUGUUGCAAUCCAAAUGUUUUCCUGUGUAGACUGAUGACAGCUACAGGUGACACCUUCAUCACUCUCCUACCUCUUAAUAAUAUAAAGGUGUUUAGCCUUCAGCCUCCUUGUCAACUUUUUCCUGUACAUGUUAUUGAAAGAAAUUGUAUAAACUUGGACACAAAAACCAGAGUGCUGAUAUAAUUCAAUGAGUAUAUCAUUUACUGAAAUCAGUGUCAUAUACAGUCCUGUGGACUGAUCUCAUGGCGCUAGUAAAACAAGUUUCACCAAU